AGUGACGUCAGAGGGUUGCGCGGUGGCUGUAAUGGAGGAUGCGAAUGGGUUAUUGAGGCAGUGAGGAGACGGGCUUGUAUUUUAAUAGUUAAAUAGUUUCAGAGCCCGCUCCCGGCUGACGCAGGUAAAUAUUGGGAUUGAAGGUCAGGCAAUAAGUUUGGAGUUCUUCAUUUACAACUGCCUGACCUGAAGGUGUAGUGCUUUGAUGACUGCUACUUGAAUUUGGUAACAUGCCAGCAGCGACAGUAGAUCAUACUCAAAGAAUCUGUGAGGUCUGGGCUUGUAACCUGGAUGAAGAGAUGAAGAGAAUACGUCAAGUAAUUCGUAAAUUCAACUAUGUUGCAAUGGACACAGAAUUUCCAGGUGUCGUAGCACGACCAAUUGGAGAAUUCCGAAGUAAUGCAGACUACCAGUACCAACUAUUGCGCUGUAAUGUAGAUUUACUGAAGAUUAUACAGCUGGGACUCACAUUUGUAAAUGAACAGGGCGAGUAUCCUCCAGGCACCUCUACAUGGCAGUUCAACUUCAAAUUUAAUCUAACAGAGGACAUGUAUGCUCAAGACUCGAUAGAGCUCCUUACAACUUCUGGUAUCCAGUUUAAAAAACAUGAGGAGGAAGGGAUUGACACAAUGUAUUUUGCAGAAGUUCUUAUGACAUCUGGUGUUGUACUAUGUGAAGGGGUCAAGUGGCUUUCAUUCCACAGCGGGUAUGACUUUGGCUACUUGAUUAAAAUACUCACGAAUUCCAACUUGCCUGAAGAAGAACCAGACUUCUUUGAAAUUCUACGGUUGUUUUUCCCUGUAAUUUAUGAUGUGAAAUACCUCAUGAAAAGUUGCAAAAAUCUUAAGGGUGGCUUGCAGGAAGUAGCUGAACAAUUGGAGUUAGAGCGAAUUGGGCCACAGCAUCAAGCAGGCUCAGACUCUCUAUUAACAGGGAUGGCUUUUUUCAAAAUGCGAGAGAUGUUCUUUGAGGAUCACAUUGAUGAUGCCAAAUAUUGUGGCCACCUGUAUGGCCUUGGCUCAGGCUCGUCAUAUGUUCAGAAUGGUACGGGAAAUGCAUACGAAGAAGAAGCCAAUAAACAGCAGCCUUGACCGGAAAUGGGGAGAUUAAUUUUUUGGGCCACAUAUACUGGAUCUAAUUUUUAUCUGUGUCUGAGUUGCUCAGACAUUCAGGUUUCCUUCUUUUCCCUGUUCUUUCUGUUCACUAGAUUUGUGCCAACAUCUUGGUCAUUCUGACCUUGGUAAGGAAACUCCAUGUUGGUAUAACUGCCCAAUUAGUUCCAAUACAGAUUUUCUUUGAAAAGUUGCUGGAGAAAGUGGGAAGAAUAACCAACUGGAUGAAUUUUCAAGUAGUUACUUUUCCCCCCUUUUCCUAAAAGCAUGCAAUAAGUAUCAACUGGUUAUUUAUCUAAUCUAAUAUGUGGCACUUAAAAUAAAAACAGGAAUUUUAGCUAUUCAGGAUUGUGGACCAUCGAAUUUGCACUUUAAAGAGUGACUGGUUCCUCUAUUUUAUGGGAAUUUUGCUGCUUCUUGUUCUCACGUUCUCACAAGUGAGAUGAGAAAGCUCGGAAACUUGAACUACUUCACACCAUUGAGUUACUGUUAAUGGAUUUUUCGUGCCUGCUGGCUUAGUGUGACAGCAUCUUCGCUACCGGUUUGUGGUAGCAAACAAUAUUACUGAAGCUCUUGUAUUUGCUGCAGUUGAAGAAGGAGACCUGUAAGUGUUGCCUUACAAUUUUUCCUUUUAACAUCAGUUUCUUCUGGGAAUGCCUCCCAUACACACAAUUCUAACAUAUCGGAAGUGCAGCUAGCUGAACCAAAACCAGCAUCUUACAUGCUUAGUGUUGCAGCUACUACGCCUGUUUGUACAUGAACUGCAUUGUUGUAAUAAAAUAAAACUUGAAUGAGUUUAAUUUCAGUUUUAAAAAACUUACAAUUUAUACUGAUCACACCCGAGCACUGAUGUCAUUAGUGCCAGAUUAUGUCUGUGAUAUGAUAUUGUUUAUGACAAUGAGCCUUUUUUCAACUGAAGAAUGUUCUGAGAUUUUUUAAAAACUUGGCUUUAUUAUAAAAGAUAUAUUUUCAUUUUCAUUGAACAGUAAUUACAACAUUGCAGGAGCAUCUCAGUUACACCAAAGCUAGGCUUCCUCCAAAAAGUUUAAAAAAGCACUGUCCAAUUUACAUGGAAUUUUUAACUUCAGUUGAGAUUUUCUUUGAUCAAAUCCUUUUUCAAACAUAGUAAUGCAGAAAUUUUGUCAUUUAAUUACAUUUUAAUCAGUGUUUUUAUUUCUGACUCACCUUCCUGCCUACCUAGUGGAGAAUCGGGCUUCAACUUCUCUUUUGCUCACUGUUGUGCUCCUGUAGAGCAAAUGGCAGGAAGCACAUAUUCACACGAGGGAAAACAAGCAGGGUUUUCCUGUUUUGGAAUAUAGCUAAGAAAUGAUCAAAUCAUUUUAAGUGCUUUGGGUUGUUGUCUGAAGAGAUUCAAGCCCUUGAUAAAUGGAGAGGUAGACAAUUGUUUCUCUGCUAGCACAGUGCGAGGCCAUACAUGCAUUGUAAAAAUUGAAUUGUAAUGCUGUUAGGGCUUUCAAAGUGGCUGUUACCACACACAACCCGGAAUUAACAGAAAUUCAUAAUCAACACUUUAAUGCUACUGUUUUAUUGAACAUUUUACUUCUGUAGGAUCAAAAAGGUGGAAUUUUAAAAAAUCUUUGAAAAGCCAGACUUUGUCUUUUUACAGUAUUGCAAUUCCAUGAGUAGCAUUAAGUAGGUAUAUCAACUGAGUGAUGCUGGUUUUGAUGCAGCAUGACAUGCUAUGCAACCCCUUUAGUACAUUAUAUAUGAACUGUAAACACCAUGUAAUAUAUUAUUGAGUCUUAUGCAUUGUAUUCUGCAUGCAUUUAGAGCAGCUGAGCAGGAAGACCUUUAGUGAAUAGCUGGUACUUGCCUGAAACCAUCAAAUGCAUGUUGCAGAAUUCAGUCCUUAUUAGAUUUCAACGAGCUUAGCAAAAGGUCAAAAUCCCCAGACCAAUGUGACUACGAUGUAAUUAAUGUGUUCUGUUAUUUCAUUUUGUUACAGAACUGUAACUUAAUGGAUCUUUUAUAAAACAAUUAUGUGAAAAACAAGGUAUUAUUUGUUUUUAAACCUUUUUGUAAAUAAAGGCUUCAAAUUUGUUUCUUACUUA